GUCGGAUUCAUAUUCUCAAAUAGAACACAAUUAGAAUUCAAAUUCAAAUUGCAAAUUUACAGUUGCAGAGUGCGGGCCAUCUAUGGAGAAGUCUUCGCGACCCAAGCGCAAUCGUCGCCACAGCAGACGAGCCUGGCCACCAGAGGAUGAACUGCAGCAGCCGAUGCGAGCCGCCAAGCGUUUGUUCACUCCAGACAUAAAGCGCAUGCUGAAGGAUUGGCUUAUUCGGCGGAGGGAGAAUCCCUAUCCCAGCAGGGAGGAAAAGAAGCAGCUGGCAGGAGAGACUGGCCUGACAUACACCCAGAUCUGCAAUUGGUUUGCCAACUGGCGGCGGAAGCUGAAGAACUCGGAGCGGGAGAAGGCCAAAAAGUCCUGGGGUCAUCUCAUUAAGAACUAUAACCACAAUGCGAGGGGGAAUGUCGAGCAAUUUAGCAUCUCAUCGGAGGACAGCAUAUGGGAGGAGGAGAUGCGACCAUGCGUGGGGGAAGAUGAUGAUGAUGGGGACUACGAUGACGAUGAGCUGUCCAGCCACAGUACUGGCAGCGAUGGCAACGCAAACAAUGCUUCCACAGCUGUGUUCAAGCCAAACUUUUACGUAGAAUCUGGAAACAUGUCAAUGCCGGAGCACAGCAGUCAUCGCAUUCCCAUGUUACCCACUGUGCCGGUGGGCAAGGCCAAGUACAAGCACCAAAUGAUGGAGAAAUAUCUGCGGGAUAGCACUGCAGAGGACGAAGCGACGGGGAUCACGCAGCCAGCCACCGCCACCCAGCUCAACAAGUGGCUGGAGAGCGCAGCGAAAUUCACACCAGACCGAAACAACUAUCACAUCGAAUGGAAUACGAGCAGACAAAAAUGUGGCAGUGGACAGGGACAGGGACAGGAGCGACCUGCCCAGAGCCAAGUGAUCUUUACCAGCGAUGCCACGGCAGCGGCACGCGGUGAUCGCUGGAUGCUGCACCACAAGGACGAACUGGAUGCGGCCGAGGCUCUUGCGAAUCUCGCCUUCAACUGCAGACAGCGCUGGCAUGACAUGACAACGAUCAGCUCCUAACGAUCGGCACCUAAGAGGCAUCCCAAAACGCAUCUGACGCCAUCAUUCCAGCAGAAGAUUCA